GGCGCUCUAAGAAUUGUUUCAACAAGGUCACUGUGAAGGUUCCGGUGCACGCGGCGUGAGUUGUCUCGUAUUUCUGGUAGGCUUAGUUUUUUAUCCUGACUUUAAGUUAGGAUUGUAUUAUGAAUGAUGAUAAGCGGAUAGUUCCUUGGGUUGAUGCUAGUGAAUUUAGUGACGUUGCUAAUAAUGUAUCUUCAUGCGAAACGUAUAAACUUCGUUUAGCUUGGGAGACCAUAAAGAUAUGGUUAUGUCGUAUGCCUGUAUCCAAAAUACCUCGGUCCAUAGUUUGCACUUAUGAACUUCUAAAUGCUUACUUUGAAAACUCAAGCCAAAGUAUGGCACUGGCCCUCAUGAGGUCUGUCUCGUUGCUACCUAGUGAGUCCCAAGACCGUGAAAGGCCGAAUUUUGCAUUGCCCAUUUUGUCUCUUGCUCGUGUGGCAGGCUUACCUAGCUGGCUGGCUGAUCUGCGCAAUGGCAUAGCACACGGAAUAAUACCGUCAACGGACACACUAGAAAGUGCUUUUUGGUGGUCACUAAAAUUGAGUGAAUUUUGGGCAUUCAAUGUAAACUAUAACGAGGAACGGAUGGUUGAAUUAGAUGGUUUUUUGAAGUGUCAAAGUUUAACCUUAAUUAAAUACAUUGAAAGUCUACUGCAAGGAGAUAAGACAUCUCAACUCAACAUGAAAGAAGUGUUCAGUAGCCGUUCAACAUAUGCUUGCUUCCCGUUGAUAAUAAAUACUAUAUGUAGUUAUGGCUGUAAUCUGUUCACUGGUGAAAGUCCUCUAUGCAACAUUGUUCAAAACCAGGCUAUCAAACUAAAGCCUCUCUUUAGCACGAUGCUAUAUCACAAGCUUGUUGGAGAACUUGUUUUACAGUUUAUCCUAGGAUUGAGAAAUGAUCGUUCUUUAGACGACGAUAUCCGACUGGAAUGGUGUGUUGCCUGGAUUGAGGCAAUCAGAUGUCGUGUGUCUGGGAAAUCGAUCCUGUGUGACUACGUAGAUGGCUUGUCAUUUGACUGGAGAAAAGCACUAGAUCAUAUUUUGAACCACAUGUGUGAUAAGUAUCGUGAUUUACUCAUGGAAUUGUUGAUUAUUCGGGAUCCACCUAUACCCCAAGACAAGUUAAAAUUGUGAUCAUGAGCCAUAUUGAUGUGUUUUGCGGUCGCGACGUACCCAACACUCAUGAGCUCCGGAAACAAGUGUGCUGUGAACCCGGCUGGAAGCUUGCUGACUCUUUGUUAUGGGCAGAAACGCCGCUUGGAGCAAUAAUUAAUUCAUGUAAAAAAGAUUUUUUUAAUUCUAAUUUUAGCUUAUCAUGCCUCGACAAGUAGACAACAUAAAGGAGUUCCUCCAUAUGACACAAAGGGCAGACGCCAAGUGUGAGUCACUCGGAAACAAUAAUGACUUUUCUUUCAGCUGUUAAGAUUAAAGAAAACAAAGACAAUGUCAAGUUUAAGAUCAGAUGCAGUCGAUUCCUUUAUACGCUUGUAGUUGUGGAGAAGGAAAAAGUUGGAAAAAUCAAGCGUUCACUCCCACCAAGUAUUCACAUAUAUUAAUCAGCUAAUUUUGCCUCUUUAUAGAUCUAACUGUGAAAGAACUGUAAAGUUACUUAAAAUAAAGGUUUCUAUAUAUUGGGUCUUGUUUGAUGAUAUCCGGGAGUUAGGGAAGACCUAAAUAAGUAAAACGAACCAAGCACAGCGCUGUAUCGAGAUAGCCACGUUAAUCAAAAAGAAAUUAAGUUCAAGACACUUUUAAUUAAACAGUAAUACG